AUGCCAAUCCGUUUAGUCGAUUAUAAUGAAGAUAACGAUAGUGAUGACUAUGAUACAACAACAAGUAGAAGAACUACUGAUUUUGAACUACUAUCCAACAAUAAUAUUAAUAUUACCACUGAUAAACCAUUUAUGGUAAGAUUAAUCAAUAGUAUAAGAUGUUUUAAUAUUCCUUUAAUAAAUUUCAUAAUAUUAUUGAUUUUAAUAAUUUUUUUAAUUAAAUUAACUACUAAAUAUACUAAUCUUUAUAUGAAAAAUUCAUUAAUUACAAUAAUUGUUACUAAUUUGGUAUUAUAUGGGAUUUCGGAAACUUUAGCUCAACUGAUAUUAAUUUAUCGUCAUGAUCAACCAAUGAUUAGUUUUAAAUUGCGAGAAGAAAUUAGAUUAGAAGAUGAAGACGAAGACGAAGACGAAGACGAAGAAAGAGAAGAAAUAGGGGAUCCUACUAUUGAGUUGACGUAUUUUCAAUUUAAUAGAUUAGCAGGAUUUAUGUGUUGGGGUUUCAUAAUGGGAUUUUUCCAAUGUUUAUGGUAUAAAUUUUUACAAAUUUAUUCAAUUCCACAAGAUCCUAAAUUUAUAGAAGUUUUACGUAAAGUUAUGACUGAUCAAUUUUUAUUUUCACCAAUUUCAUUGUUUUGUUUUUUCACAUUUGGUACAAUUAUUUUGGAAGAUAAAACUUGGAAUGAUACAGUUAAUAAAUUGAAACGAAUUUAUUUAAAAACUUUAAUAAUUAAUUAUACGGUUUGGUUCCCCAUUCAAUUUUUCAAUUUUUUAAUAAUUCCAAGAGAUUAUCAAGUACCUUUUAGUUCAUCAAUUAGUGUAUUAUGGAAUUGUUAUUUAUCAAUGAGAAAUUCCACCAGUUAA